AUGACGAAGUUGCACCUCAGCAGCUCCGCCCUUACGAGCCAGAGCACCAGAGAACAUCCGCGCAAGAGCGCAGAGCCUUCUGGUGGUCUUGGUCUUGGCAAGAGCCUCCGGAAUGUGCAUAUUGAUGAGGAAGGCCGGCACAGUUUGGGUAGUGACCAUAAUCGCCUCAGGCUGCAGUUUGAAGCAUCUCCUUGGCGUCAAAAGGUGAAGAAACACGAGCCUGCUACGCGGUUUCUCCCCGACGCGGCCUACGAGGAAGUGGCCAACGAAUUUGAACUAUGCCCCGGCCGCGAACAAGCAGAUACCUAUGAGCAGUACAUUGCCCAGCUCCGCCAGAUCAUGCGGAAACACGAGAAGAUUGUCAAGGCACGUCGAGGGUUUAGCAGAAAGAGUUGGUGGGAUGGGGAGGUCCAAGCAGCAAUAAAAGCCCGCCGAACCGCCAACCGAUGUCACCGCCAGUGUGUAAAGAGGCCCCACAGCGAGGAUGUCCAGGCGACAUGGCAGGAAUAUCUGCGGCGAAAACGGGAGAUGCAGGCUAUCACACAACGGAAGAUAGCAGAAGCCAAUCACAAGACGCUCCACGCAAUCAAGUCUGCAGGCAGAGGAGCAGCGGCCAAAUUCUGGACAUAUGUCUCUCGGCUCGAUAGCAAAGCAACACAACCGGAAAUUCGCACAGAAUCAACGGGGGACAAGACCACAGAUCUCCACCGAGCCUUAACCGACCAUCUUCACCAACUGUACGCGCAGCCACACCCCAGUACACAUACUGAACUCCCCUGCCCAGAUGUCUCAGAACUGACUGGCACAGGCCACCAGAAGUGGACAGUGGCAAGGAGCGCCAUUGACAGGGCUAUCUCCAAGAUAGGUGCCCGCACUGCUCGGGGCUUCGACGGCAUUCCUGCAGGGCUGGUGAAACGCCUCGGUGCUGGUGCACGGGCCCAGCUGGCCGAUUUCUUCAGCGAAAUCCUAGCUGGUGGCCCUAUACCAAGUGACUGGCUACGUGGCAAAGUAAUCCUGCUCCCGAAAAGGGGGGGAGACCCCGGCCUCCUACGAGACUACAGGCCACUCACAAUCACAAGUGUUGUGUACCGUGUGUUCGCACAAGUUCUCAAGGUCUGGAUGACUACGUGGGCCGAAGAGGGUGGUCACCUCACGGAGUUACAGAACGGUUUUCGACGAGACCGACGGCUGGAGGACAACCUUUUUGUCCUGACCCAAUGUAUAGAGGUUGCACGAAAGGAGGAACGGGGGCUGAUUGGCUGCUUCCUAGAUGUGUCAAAGGCCUAUGACAGUGUACCACACGAGCUAUUACUACAGCAUCUAGAGGCACUUGGGAUGCCGCCCACAUGGACUGGAUUGCUCGGACGCCUGUAUAGAGAUAGCUCUGUUGUGGCCACCCUAAACGGAGUUUACUCAAAGCGCAAAAUACUAGCCUCUGGGGUGGGCUUUGUGGUGGAGCGCAUAAGCGAUGGGCUCAAAGAACAGCAAACCCUGCCGGGACUCGUAUUCGCUGACGACAUUGUGCUGCUGGCGGGAAACAGUGGCGACCUGCAGACCCUCGUUACCAGCUGUGCCGAAGCCAUGGCGCCACUGGGACUGCAGUUCAACACGAAGAAAUCGGCGGCGGUCAACUUCUCUGGCCCGGGCUUCCUGACCCGGGAGUGGCUUGAACGCAGUCAGCGCGCCGUGGGACGACUGGCUCUGGGGUGCCACGGCAACGUUGCCAACGAGGCAGUCCAGGGUGAUUUGGGUUGGUCCUGUUUCGAAGCGCGGGAAGCUCGGAGCAAGCUGUCCUACGAAGGCAGGUUGCGCCUGAUGCAGCCACAUCGCUGGGCACGGCGAAUAUUUGAUUAUGUUCACCGCAACGGCAUCCGCACCAGAUGGUCGAAAAGACAGCAGCACCUAAGCAGGAAAUACGGCUUCUAUGCGAGCCCUGUGCAGGAGGAAACCGAGCGUAAAUGGUCCAAAGCAGUGAAGACCCAAGUGCGAAUGACGGAGGCUGGACACUUGGCGGCGAGACAUGGAGGAGAAGAGUACACUGAGGAUCUAUAG